GCACGAACAACAAGGAACCGUAAAAAGAUUAAGGAUAGUAAAGAAACAAAACUGAUUGACGACACGCUGACGCCGUCAGUCAAAAUUUCACUAUCGUGUUAACUGCCUUCACUUACUCGUUACUCCACUGAUCUUCAUUUUUCUCUAUAACAAUCUUCUCGAACUUUCGAAUUUCAUUUUCGAGUUUGAUCUACCUUUCGGUCUUCGAAAUUAGGGUUUCUACUCUCUUACCAACCGGCGAAGCUGAUGGCGGAACAACCUCUCCCGUUCGAGGAUCAUGCAAUUCCGGCGGCUGACGACGACGAGGACUACACUGGCGGCGAUGAUACCAUGGAUGAAUUGGAUGAGGAGACGCAUGUCAAUUCAGUGAACGCUUCAGCUACUGCGAAUCACAACGACGUCGUUUUGCCUAUGACUCGUACUGGUGAGCUCACUCUUUCUUUCGAGGGUGAGGUUUACGUCUUUCCCGCUGUCACACCUCAGAAGGUUCAAGCUGUUUUGCUGCUUUUGGGAGGACGCGAUACGCCGGCAGGCAUGCCUACUGAUGAACUUCCAUUUGAUCAAACUUAUAGGGGCAUGAGUGAUAUUACAAGGCGUCCGAAUCUUUCACGAAGAAUAGCCUCCUUGGUUAGGUUUCGUGAAAAACGCAAGGAAAGAUGUUUUGACAAGAAAAUUAGAUACACCGUGAGAAAAGAGGUUGCAGAAAGGAUGCAUCGAGAGAAGGGACAGUUUGCAUCCGUGAAGCCAAGCCCUGGUUCCUCUAAUUGGUAUUCUGCACAGGGUGCUGGUCAAGAUGGCACUCCUAAUCCUGAAACUCUGCGUAGAUGUAAACAUUGCGGAGUCAAUGAAAAUAAUACUCCUGCAAUGCGUCGUGGACCAGAUGGACCAAGAACUUUAUGUAAUGCAUGCGGGCUCAUGUGGGCCAACAAGGGGACACUUAGAGAUCUCAGUAAGGGUGGAAGAAGUCUUUCUAUUGCACAAAGUGGUCUGGAUCGUCCUAUUGAUGUCAAACCUACUGUUCUUGAAGGGGAAAUGUCUGUCAUCAGAAAUGAACAAGGUAUUUCUGAAGAUCAUCCUUCCAAGGCCGUUGCUGCUGAAGGUUUGAAUAAUGAUGCAUUUAAUCCAAGUGAUGAGGAAUUACCUGUAUCUGGAGAACACUUAGCAAGCACACUGCCGUCGGUGAUUGAUCAUUCUUCGGAAAAUGAUGAUGAGCAGGAACCCCUGGUUGAGCUUUCUAAUCCUUCAGAUACAGGAAUGUCUAAUCCUUCUGAUACAGACAUUGACAUUCCUGGAAACUUUGAUUAGAAAGUACUAAGUAACUCAUUAUGUGGUGUUUUAGACAAUGCUCCAUUUGUAGGAUAUUCUUCAUGUAGAUAUGGGAUGCAGCUCUAGAAGCAGUGAUAUGAGACAAUUUGGACAGUUGGGUUAUGUUAGUCUUACUGUAUGUAACAGCCAAAUGAAGUGGUAAUCCUACCAAAUUCUGCAAUAUUGAUGCUGGUAGAAGGGUCAAAUAUUGUUUGUGUAUAAAUUAUUUGACUAUCUUUUUCUAGUGUUUGGGGGCUCGUGUUAAUAAAAUGAUGUCUGAAGAGCUGACUUUGAUGAUUUCAUUGAAAUCAAAGCUUUUACUACAUGAAAUUUAGAGAUAAAACUUUGGUGAUAUGCUAUGCCAUCCAAAGGAUGGAUCUCUAGUUUGGAUAUCAA